UUGAUGUUUUCUCUCUCCUCACAACUCUAUACUCUUCCAUUUUCUUCGAGGUUCCGACUUCUCUACCCAAAAUUAGGAAUAGUUUUCAAUAUCAAGCUGCAAUUACACUUGAAUAUUUCCCCAAAUUGAAUUACUAAUGAUUUGUAGUCAUUUAUAAAUGCAAUUUUGGAGUUUGCCAAAGAUUUCAAGCAUAUGCGAUGGUACUUAUGCGAUGCUCAAAUUCUACACGAUUCUGCAAAAUCGAUAUGGAAUUCAGAUAUGGAAUUCUGCAAAAUCCUACAUUUUCUUUUUCCAAAAGUUUAGCUGAAAUUAGGUACAAAUCAACCAAAAGAGAAAAUGGAAUGAAUAAUUUGAUUGGAUUUUUAAUCGAUUUGUUGCGAAUUUCUCAUACGAAAAGGUUAUCGAGAGCAACUAUGCGGAUUUCUUCAACAACCAGAGAUUUGAAAGGUAUAAUUAAGAACCAAUGUACAGGAAAACUGUUUAUUGCUGGAAGACGAUAUUAUAGGACAACAACCAGCAAAAACAGCAACAAGCCAACAACAACCAGAAAACAACAACAGCAACAACCGCAGCAGUGGCAACAACAGCUAAUGCAGUGACAACAAGAUUAUCUACACAAGCACAUAAACAGAGAUGGGCAGAACAUGGUGAAGAUAUCUUGAGUUAAGCUACUUUGGCCAAUGAAACUUUGGCUUUGGGUCAUUAGCACUCCAGGUUGUGAGUUUCUCCUUACCUUUUAUGUCAGAUAUAUCGGUGUAUAGGAAAUCAAAUAUUCUUUUCUCUUAUUUUGGAAAGUAGAUCAAAAUCUGAUAAAAGUAAAAAGAUUAAGCCGAGAAGUAAAUACGUGAAGCUAGUUGUGAAUUCUUAUGAGCCGUUGCCAUAAAUGUCAUAUUUGUCAAAUUUGAGCUAUUAAGGAUAGACGCAUAUGC